UUAAGAAGUUGCUUGGAUGCUGAAAAUGUGAUUGGCUCAUGCUGACAACAGUCUAAUUACUUACACCAAGUUGGGCAGCAUUAUUUUGUGGAAACAACACCUGAGCAGGUUCCCAUUUCAAGUGAUCCUGUCCUGCUUGAUUAUCACAGAAGGCCAGAUUUUUUUGCCUGUCUUAUGUUAUAACUAACAUUCAUGGAGCAAGGAAAAGAUCCCACCUCAGAGACCCGUCCUAGGUUAAGUGAGGUGGAAGGGAUUCCCUUACCAACAAGCAUUUGUAAUGAAUGGGAUCGAAUCCAGUGUUUCCAAGCCAAGCCAGAUGACGUACUUCUUUGUACUUACCCCAAAUCAGGUACCACUUGGAUACAAGAGAUCGUGGAUAUGAUCCAACAAGAAGGCGACCUGGAGAAAUGUCAGAGGGCCUCUGUGCAUCAUCGACACCCAUUCAUUGAAUGGGCAAGGCCAUUCCAGACCUUGGGAGUGGACCAAGCUGAAAUGAUGCCCUCUCCAAGGACCCUCAAGAGUCACCUUCCUGUCCAGCUGCUCCCUAAGUCCUUCUGGACCGAGAACUGCAAGUUCAUUUAUAUGGCAAGAAAUCCCAAGGAUUGCCUGGUGUCCUAUUUCCAUUUCCAAAGAAUGAACAAAACGUUACCCCAUCCUGGAACAUGGGAGGAAUAUUUGGAGAUUUUCAUGGCAGGCAAAGUGGCCUGGGGCUCUUGGUACAAUCACAUAAAGGAUUGGUGGAAAGCAAAAGAUAUUUACCGUGUCCUGUAUCUCUUUUAUGAAGACAUUAAAAAAGACCCAAAGCGUGAAAUCCAGAAGAUAAUGCAGUUUAUAGGGAAGCAACUAGACGUGGCAAUUGUAGACAAGAUUGUGCAUCACACCUCAUUCGAAGUCAUGAAGCACAACCCCAUGGUUAACCGAGCUAAUGCACCCCUGUCUGUCAUGGACCAGUCCAUUUCUCCAUUCAUGAGAAAAGGGACGGUCGGUGACUGGAAGUACCACUUCACCGUGGCUCAAAAUGAGUGGUUUGAUGAAGACUACAGGAAAAAAAUGUCGGAUACUGAUUUGACUUUCACUAUGGAACUCUAAGGAUCCCUCUAAUUUUCAUUUCAUUUGUUUUUCUGCUAUCACAGUCUCACACAGUUCUCCUCCUGCAGCCUCCACAGUGCUAAAAGUCUGGAUGAUUAAUCUUAGACCAUGUUUUCAGGAGCCUCGCUUGUGCUAGUUCUGUAGACCCUGUGUUUUGUUAAAUUUUAAAAAACAAUGGCCUUAAGUUGGAAUUUCUGAUCAUUCUGGGACUUGAAAAAAAUACCCUGAUUGCUUCAAACUAAUUUUGAUUAGUUUCGUUCUAAAUGAAGGGCAAACAUAUGCAGACCCCAGCGCCAUUGUGGUGAGUCUCUGAACCACCUCAGAUCCUGCUGGUGAAAUCUGUCUGCAGCGAUGUAAAGUUUCAUAUUGUAUUUUAAUGAGGCUGGAAAUUUCAGAUUCACUCCUUCCGGUGAUUGCAUGGCUAAACUAUCAUGCUUUCUAGGACUCUUCAUGGUUGAAAAAUUUAUGCAGUAUCACAGGAUUUAUUUUGAGUAGACUUAAUAAGGAGUUUAAAGAAUUUUGAACCAGGAACCGGCUGCAGGGUUUAGAUCAAUGGUUCUUAACCUGGGCGAUAUUGCCCCCCAGGGGGCGAUUUUUUUCAGGGGGCGAAGGAACGAAAAGGGGGCGAUAUGGGGGCAAUGGAGCGAGAAGUUUUGGGGACACUUU